AUGCCACAGCCCCGGCCCCACACCCAACCGGACGAGUUUGCUGCAGCCCCAGCUGCUGAGAAAGCACGAGCCUCCGCUCGACCUGCCACGUCCCAUCUCCGGGAAACCAAACGAUUUCUGAAAAGUCGGGCAAGUACCCCGGCUUACCAAAAAGGAGUAGAAUCAUUGGCAACACGGGAGAAGGGCAUCGGUGCGGACCAACCACUGAAAUACUCUGGGCUAUCGCAGGUGCAGCAUCGGGGUCGAAGUGGAACGCUUGAUGGUCGAUUAUAUAGCGUCAUUGAAGAUAGAAUGGGGAAAUCAGAUAUGCUCAUGAGCGAGGAAAUGCUCAAAGGAAUUAAACCUCCGAUUGAGCAAUUCACCCCCGUCGUUGUCCUUCAAACUAACACCUCAGGACUGAGCACUGUUGUGGAUAACAAUCGGCAAACAAGCGCUGAAGAUGCAGGUCGACUGCUUGGCAGACGAACAAGCAUCACUGCAGAAGAUGUUGGGAGGUUGCUUACGAGACGCACGAGUGUGGACGAGACAGGAAGACUAUCGGUCCGCAGACCAAGCAUAACGGCAGAUGAACCACGACGACUAUCUAACAGACGUGCAAGUAUGGAUGAGUCGGGACGAAUAAAUGGCAGAGGCACUAGUGGGGAGGACAGAGGGAGAGCACUCUCAAACCGCCGAGCAUCCAUAGGCUCGUCUUCCCCAUCCCGUCGGGCAUCCAUUGUUGAUCGCCCAACAGGAAAUAUGAGCAAUACUUUAUCCCGUCAACGUAAUUCCAUUGACAACCCUCCCCCCAACAGCCUAUUCAACCGCCGACGAAGCUCAAUCGACGUACCCUACAGACCGGCAACAAAUGCUAAAACCUUCCUUACAUCCAUUUCACGCACCACAACACCCCCCGAAUACGAACCCCAAACGGCGUAUCUCCGCUUCCGUCGCAUAGCAAGGAUGGUAGCCCACAGUGUCCACUUUGUCAAAUUUCUAGCACGGAUUCUAAAGAACCCCAUUGAAUGGUCUUGGGAAUAUGAUCCAAAAACCUAUCAGGAUGAAGACGAUACUUCCACUCAGAGGACAACACAAAUCUCUCCCGGUUCGAAAAAUGCAUUGAUCAUCUCGUAUGACCUUUUUGGAGUAUCGCAUUUGUUUGCAAGGCCAAAGCAGUUCAAAGGAUGGUUGGACCAUAGUAUGCGGGUAUUGUUUAGGAAGAAGAGAACAGAAAGGACUAGAGCGGACUUGGAUAGAAUGGUGAUGUGGUGCAGUACCAUGAAAUGUAUGGAAAAAUACCCCAUCUCUGUACAGCGAGCACUCCUCCAAGCAGCCCAUUACACACGUUGGCACACUGGUCGACAAAUAUUGAAAGAAGGGCAUCCAGCACGAGGGUUCUAUAUCAUACUCGAUGGUGAUGUGGAAAUUACCAAGGUGGACCGAGCAAAACUCAUCGCCGCCCGCAAAAAGUCCGUGGCCAUAGCAGGAAUACUCAGAUCUCGCCAACCCACUACGUUUACCUCCCAUCCAAUACUUGCCGAUCGUGAGCAAGCAAAGGACGAGGGAGUUUCUUCUGCUUUGGCGUCAUACGAAGCAAAGCUGGCUGAAUUGGCAGCAAGAAAAAGUAGUGCGAGACAAAGCGUCAUGUCCCAUGAUCAUGGUUUUUUAACUGGGGGAGAGACUGCGUCGGAUGCCGGCAGUGACGGUAGCGAUGAUGAAGAAGUGGUAAAGGUCAUAAGGGAAAUAGAAGAAGAGUUAAACAAGGCAUAUACUGUCACUGUUGGUCAUAUCACAUCUGGAGACUCAUUCGGUGAAAUCUCCUUCCUAACGUCCUCAUUGCGUACGACCACCUAUACGACUAAACGCACCUGCGAAUUCCUCACUGUAUCGCGAAAGGAUUACGAGAGAGUCCUAAGUACCUAUAAGGAAUCCGAGACUGUAAAGCAGGAUAUGCUACGGACGUUGCCGAUAUUUAAAACGCUUAACGCGGAUAUGGCAACGUUGACCCAUUGCUGUGUUAUGAGAAAGUUUGAUGCGAACAAGGUCGUCAUUACUCAAGGGGUGCGAAGCAGUAGUUUAUAUUUUAUCAGUUCCGGUACCUGCAGGGUUGUUCAAGCAAUCCAAUUUGUAAAGGAAGACCUUGGUGGCCGCACAUUUCGUAUCAUACCUCUUUCCCAACUAGAAUCCACCAUCCCGCAAACCAAUCUUCCAGCCAUCUCCCGACGACCCACUUCCUCUUCCACCACUUCCUCGUCAUCCUCCACGUCAUCACAAACAAAUCUGACCUCAAAGCGCACCAACCUCACCAGUUUUAGGCAAUACCUCCCACCAAACCUCAACACUUUCACCGAACUGCUCACUAUCCACACCCUCGGGCCUGGCGAGUAUUUUGGCGAAACCGUCCCAAACGUCUCAACAGCCCCUCCAACACACCCAACCGGAUUUCAAGCUCUCCAAAAUCCCCAAAAACAACCAGCAUCAAUAAUAACAAACACAAAAAGUUCUUUGCUAAUCAUCUCUAAAAUCGAUUUCCAACGUCUGGCGACAGACAGCACGUGGAGAUACUUGCGCCAAGAAGCAUCUCUACGCCCUAGUUUAAAGACAGUGGAGGAAGCUUGGUUAGAAAGCCGUGGGUGGCGAAUUCUCAAAAAGAAGGUUGUUGAGGAUGUUGUUAAAGGGUUAAGGAAGGGUCAUAAAAGAGUGGUAGGGGGGAGAGAUCCAUAUGGUUUUGUAGGCGAUGGGCUACUUGCGUGGGCUUAUUGAUUCAAAUGAUUCGUUUUGACAUUGAUGCAUAUGCAAGAAAUAGCCAUCUUUGUCGACUGCUAUGUUCUUCUCAAAUUUAUGAACAAACAUCUAUAUUGAAUAUAGAGGGCAACGGAGAUUGGGAACAA